AUGGAGGGAAGUAUUUGUAGAUAUUUUGCAAAUGGUGCAUGCAGCAAGGGCGAUAGUUGCAGGUGAGCAUUUUGAGAAAUGUUAUGAAAUUCAACUUUUAGGGACAUUUUACAACUUGGAACUAAUUAGCUUCAUAUAUGGAAUAUACGAGUAUUUUCUGUGUUUUUAGUGAAGUCUAUAAGUGAUUAGGGUUCAAAGAACGACCAAAAUUUGAUAAAAUUUCGAAAUAUUGAAACAACUCCAUUUUUAAUGAAAAAUGAAGUCAAAUGAGAAUAUGAGGUGGAAAAAAUUUAAAUAUUUGAAAAAUCUACUCAUAGUGUGAAAAGUUUGAAUUUUCCACGUUAUAACUCAAAUGCAGAGUUGAGAUAAUUCGAACAAAUCUCAAGGUCCAAUAUUUUUCAGAUACUCGCACGACAGGAGUAAACAAUCAAAAGAUGUUUGUCAAUUUUACCAAGUCGGAAAAUGCUCCUUUGGAAAUACUUGCAAAUUUCAUCACAUUCGAGACAAAGGUCCCUCCACAUCUUCGUCAACUUCAAGUACAAAAAUGGUAAAACCUAUGCAACUCGUCACCACAGAAAAGCCAAAACCAAAACCCGGUCUGAAUACAAGUGCCCCCGAAUUUGUGCCAAGUUGGAAGAAGAAAAAUGUGAUAAACUACGCGAGUGCGGUGAAUCCUGUAGACGAUGAUGAAUUAGAAGCUCGCCGUCUUGCCAGUCUUUCACUUUGCCCAUAUUUUGAAACGACGGGCGAAUGCACAAUUAGCCAAACUUGCCCAUUUGUACACGGUGAUUUGUGUGAUCUUUGUAACACUUGGUGUCUACAUAUUUAUAGCGAAGAGAAGAUCAAACUACAUAGAGAUGAAUGUUUGAUGAAUCAUGAAAGAGCUAUGGAGCAAGCUUUUAUUGAACAACGAUCCCGAGAGAAAACUUGUGGUAUUUGUAUGGAAAAUGUUUUUGAAAAAGAUCUGAGAUUCGGAAUUUUGAAUGGAUGUAAACAUUGUUUUUGCCUAGAUUGUAUUCGACAAUGGAGAACUAAACAUACAACAACUGAUUUGGAUUCGAAAGUUGUGAGAAGUUGUCCAGAAUGUAGGCAACAUAGUGAUUAUGUUGUGCCGAGUGUUUUUUGGGUGGAAGAAGAUGUAGAAAAAGAUUUGUUGAUUAAUAUGUAUAAAGAGAAUACGAAGGCAAAAGUUUGUAAAUAUUAUACUGUGAGUUGGGUUUUUGAUUGAGAAAAUUGGGAAAAUUCACGAAAGAUAUCUAGAAUAAAUUUAAUGAAAAUUUCCAGCUGAAAAUCGGUUUUUCAAAAAGUAAUUUAAUAUUUUUGCAGGGCAACAGAUCUCUCGGAAAUUGUCCUUUUGGCAACAAAUGUUUCUACAAACAUCAACUUCCUGAUGGUUCAAUUGAUCCUGGAGAAAGUCCACAUGUUCGAAGACGCCCUCAACUUGUUGAUUUUCUUUUAUCUGGAAUUGAUGAUGAUUCGGAUGAAAAUGAAGACGACUUGGAAACUAUGGAAUUACUCGAUGCAUUUGUUAGAAAUCUUCGAAAUAUGUCCUCUAAUUAAAUUAUUUUUCUUCUUAUUCUUUCAAUUGCAUAAACUGGUAGAUUUUAUUAUAGUUUGUGGACUUUUAAACUAAAUUUAAAGUUUUAAAGCUUUAAUUUCAUAUCUUAUUUGUUAACGGGUCAAAAAUGUGGAAUUCCGUGGAAAAAAUGUUUCAAAGAAAUUAGUUGCCCCUUUAAAAAAUAAAUAUAUUUCUUUCAGAAAAAUGUACAAAGUUGAAUUAGAUUCGAAAAAGGUUGUGGGCAAAUGUGUAGACGCAAUCAGGGAAAAUACCAACGCUUCACUUUGCGAUUGUCAUCAAAGUUUUCAGUCGAUUUUACGGAUAUUAGAACCAUAUUUAGGGUAAGUACAAUAAAUUUUAUCUAGGGAGCAAGAUCUGUGUGAUGGUUCUGAUUAUGUUGUCAAAAAAUUGAAAAAAAACUCCACCCACAAUCAGAAUUCCGAAACGGGCGGAGAGAUGUUAUCCCAAAGAUAACAAAUGAAAUUCUGAAUUAUUUAAUUAAAUAAAUAAUUGUUUUUUCCACGUGAAAACGGUCAUUUUUGGUUAUUUAUUAUGUCCGAAAAGGUUGUUUUUUUUCUAGCCAAAAACAUUUCUAGAGUAUUUCGAGAAGAAAAUCUUAAAAGUGAUAUGUCUAGUUCUAAAAAAUUUGAUUUUCUGGAAGCACAAAAUGAAAAAUUCAAAAACCGAACAAAACUACGAAACUCCGCAACAAUGACGCAGUUCAUUAGUUUAGUAGAGCGCGUUGUAUGUGUGUCUGAUACUCUUUUCUUUUCGUUUUUCUUGUAAUAUAUAUAUAUAUAGAGAAAGAGUCAGAGAGCGAGAGAGAGAGAGACUGCCAGCGUGGCAAUUUAUAUAUAUAUUCAGUUUGCAGUUCGGAGUGGCGUCUUUUUUGAGUUCACUGACCAUUCUUAUUCAUUUUUUAGUUUCUUCUUCUUUUUUCUCUCUCUCUCUCUCUCUGAUUUUCCGGAAGGUUUGACUGUAAGUCGCAGGGAUGCGCUAGUUUGGCUGGAAGGGUUUGUCUCUCAAAUUAGAAGCUGGAAAGCUAAUACUGUAAGUCGCAGGGAUGUGCUGGUUAUGCUGGAAAGUGGAUUUAAAGUCGCAGGAAUGCGCGUCACAGCCGGAAGGCUUUUUUUAAGUCGCAGGAAUGCGCGUCACAGCCGGAAGGCUUUUUUUAAGUCGCAGGAAUGCGCGUCACAGCCGGAAGGCUUUCUUUAAGUCGCAGGAAUGCGCGUCACUGCCGGAAGGCUUUCUUUAAGUCGCAGGAAUGCGCAUCACUGCCGGAAGGCUUUCUUUAAGUCGCAGGAAUGCGCAUCACUGCCGGAAGGCUUUCUUUAAAUCGCAGGAAUGCGAAUCACUGCCGGAAGGCUUUCUUCAAGUCGCAGGAAUGCGCGUCACUGCCGGAAGGCUUUCUUUAAGUCGCAGGAAUGCGAAUCACUGCCGGAAGGCUUUCUUCAAGUAGCCAACGGGCCUACAUUAAUUUAUUUAAAAAUAUUUUUCAUAAAAAUCCUUUUUUUUUCAGAUCAGCAGAUGGUUUCGCUGAAAUUCAAGAAAACACGUCGAACUAUGAGCCGGAUAUUAUCACAUGUUUCGAUCGACGAAUGCUAGAUUUGAUUUGCACAAAAUUAUAUGAUAUAUUUUUGGAAAAACAAGAGCUCAGUUUCUCAUCAACGGACAACGAUUCGGAUUUGAUCAAUAAUUUGGGAGCGUUUUGUGAUAUUGUUGAAAAAACUGAUCCGAGAAUUCCAUUGGAAAUAUUGUCGAGGGAUAAUUAUGAUUGGUUGAAUCAAAUGACUACGGUUUUACAGAUGGUAGGGAAUUCUUUUUUUGAGUUGGAAAAUCAUUUCAGAACUUUUGAAAAAAAAUCAGCGAAAAAUUAAAAAAGUCAAUUUUCCACGUCAAAACUCUAAUUUUUGCAGGAUCAAGAUCCCGAAGUGCGUCAAUCAAUAAUCCAAACAUUCCACACAAUUCUAACUCGUCUCGACAAAAAAGUCAUUCAUGCUCUCUGCGAUACUCAACUUCCAAUAGUUCUGGUUUCAAUGACAUCUUCCAGCGAAGCUCAAUCGAAAAUCUUUGGACAUGCUUUGAAAGUGCUGACUCUACUCUACAGCACCGAUAUCCUUCCACCUCUAAGUCAUCUGGAUUAUUUGAACACUUCCUAUUUUAGCAGAUUGUAUAGUGUUCAUUUGGUUUCGUCGGAAGAUGUUUUGAAUUUAGGUAGGGUUUAAAAAGGGAUUUUUGAGUCCAAACAAGGUUCCGGACAGCCUGAAAAUUCGAAAAUUGACGAUUUUUCAUUUGUGUUUAGGCCAUAAAUACGAGGCCAACAAAAAUGGGAAAUUUUAUAAAGUUUCUCGAUGGUCUUGUUUGAACUCAAAAAACCUAAAUUUGUUUUGAUACUUUCCUAGAUAAUUAACCUGAUUUCAGCCUCGAAUUUAUAUCAUUUAUUAAAAAAUGCUGAUUUAUCGAUUGAUUGUUUGAUUGAACCAUUCGUUAGAGAAUCAUACGGUUGUUCGCAAUAUGCCAUUUUUAUGAUUGCUUCGCUGAAUCGAAUUUGCACAGUGAAACGAUUGAAAUAUAUUCAAGAAAUUAUUCGACUCGGAAAAGAUGUUUUGGAGAUUUUAUUUUAUGUCACCGAUUUGAGAGUUUUGACACAUAUUUUGGCGCGAGAAAUGAUCAAUAGUUCGGAUGAUCAGGUUGGUUACAAAUAUCACUAUGUUUAGCUGAAAGUUCAUGUGGCAAUGAUAUUGGCGCACAUUUUUCCACGUGGAUUUGUUAGCAGUGAAUUUCAAAUCUCCCUCUUACUUAGAAAAUGUUUCCUUCUUCAUUUUAAUUCGAAAUGUAAAGUUUUUCUGAAAAUUAAGAGUUCAGAAAUUCAACCUAAAAAGCCACCAAAAUUCGCAAUUUUAUGCACCGAAUUUUUGGCCACGUAGAUUUUUCAGUAUUCAGUACUUCAAGUGUUAUCAAACUUUUGUUUCCAAAUGAAAAAAAAAACGGUGCAAAAAUUCAGGAAUUUAAUUCAGGAACUUAAAAAAAUGUUUCUCUCUAAAAUCCCACGAGGCUAAAAUUGUCGCGAAAAUUCAUAUGUUCAAUUUUAUGAACUAAAAUCCAGCGUCAAGCUCAUAUAACAUUUUGGGCAGAAAAUUUACAAUUUUCAAUUUCAGAACUAAUUUUUUGCCUGUGGAUAUUUUGAACGCGCGCAAAUUCAAGUUGCGUUUCGAAAUUGUUGCUUCUGAAAAUCCACUUCGCAAUAAAUUACCGCGAAAAAUUAAUUUUUAAUUGUUAGCAAUAAUAUUCAGAGCUAGUUUUUAAAAUUUUAGUGUUCGAGCUCGAAAUCCACUUCGAAAACAUUUUGCAAUUUUUUUCAGAUCCGAAAACUAUGCAAUUCGAUGCUUCUCUCACUCAUAAAUGAAUGCCAAAUUCCGACAGAUGAGGAAAUUAGUCAAGCGCUUACGGAAUAUAAUUAA